CUGCUAAAUAAGAGUCUUUCCAGGAAUUCGGAUGAUGAUUCUGAUGAAGAGGAAGAUGAUGAAGAUACGACCUACUCGGAUGAUUCCGAAGCAAAAAGGAAAAAGAGGAGGCGCGUUGAACCGGAAAGUGAUGAAGAGACAAACGAUGAAGACGAUGAAGUGCAGAUGGAAGAGGACGAUGAGGACAGUGAUGCGCCUCGGACGCGUGCCGGAAGACCUCUCCGAAAAGCAGUGGUGAAAUCGAAAGCUGUGCUUCGUGAAGAGCUAGAGGACGAAGAAGAUAGCAGCGAAGAUGAGGAAACGGAAAAUGGUGAGCCUGUUGCUGAGAAGGAAGCUGAGGAUCCCAAGAAAGCCAAGAAAAGAAAAAUAACUUCUGAUUCCGAAUCGGAUGUUUUUGAACCAGAUGAGGAAGCUGAAAAUGAUGAGGAUGAGGAAGACGAGGAAGAGGAAGAGGAUCAGGAUAAAGACACCCAACCUAGAAGGGCGCCACCAUUUCCAAGCAGAAUUUCAUCUUCAUCCGUUGUCAAAAAGGCAGCUGAUGUGCCUCCUCCACAAAAUGAAUCAGAUGAGGAGUCUGACAUGGAUUCUGAUAACGACUUAGAUCUCAAACCCAAAGCUAAGAAACCGCGUAUGGAGGAAAAUCUUGAAGGAAAGCCUAAGGCAGUUGCAAAAUCUACCCCUCUCAAGGACAAUGGUGCUGUCAAUAUGGAGUCGAAACCGAAACCAGUUACUGCUCCAAAAGCUGAUGCUCCCGUGGAUGCCGCGGUUCCAAAAAGUUCAGUGUCAGCUUCUGCAGAGAAGGCCGAUCCGAAAACCAUUGAGAAAAAGCCCCUGGCUGCGGAAGCAUCUGAGUCGAAGCCUUUGAAGCCUUUGAAUGCGAAGACAGCUAAUUCUGAACCAUCCGUUUCGGAGGCAUCCCCAUCCCCCUCCUUGUCCUCUGCUCCUAAAAUUGCACCAGAGUCGAAAGAGGAGAAACCGCGUGUUUCGCCGCUUUCUUCAAAAGAAGAGAAGCCUAGUGCAUCGCCAAAGUCAAAAGUGCUCGCUACCGUAGUCUCAACGGUGCCCACGAAAUCGGAUACAGUAGGAGUUGAGACCCUGGCUCCAUCGUAUGUGACCAGCGAAAGGACUACCAAUGUAGCGUUGACGACUUUGGUUCCGAAUCCGUAUGCGACUGCGCCGCCAAUUCCACAAAUGCCUUAUGGUUAGUU